AUGACCGAACCAACAACCCCCACGUUUGCCGACGCCGAUGCCGCCAAGGACGUCGAGGCCUCUCUCGACUCGAGAUCCAUACCGGAGGCCGGCGAGGCCACCCCAGACCCCAAUCUCGUGACGUGGGAUGGACCGAACGACCCUCACAACCCCCAAAACUUCUCUCUGCGGCGCAAGUUCUUCAUCACGUUCAUCUGGGUGGCGGGCAACCUCGCGACAUGCAUCGCCAGCAGCAUUUGGAGCAGCGGCUCCGCCCUGCUCAGAGAGGAGUUCCACAGCGGCGCCACGGUGACGAACCUCGGCAUCAGCCUCUUCCUGCUGGGCUACACGUUCGGGCCUCCGUUCUGGGGCCCCGUGUCGGAGCGGGUGGGCCGCAAGUGGCCGACGUGCGUGGGGAUGCUGUUCUUCACGCUCUUCUGCCUGCCGGUGGCGCUGGCGCAAAACAUGGCGACGGCGCUGGUGGGCCGGUUCCUGGCGGGGGCGUUCGGGGCGGCGCCGCUGACCAUCUUCGGCGGCGGGCUGGUCGACAUCUGGGACCCGGUGCAGCGGGGCGUGGCCAUGGCCGGCUGCAUCGGCACCAUCUUCGGCAGCCCCAUCCUCGCGCCCGUCAUGGGCAACUUCGUCGCCGCCAGCUAUCUUGGUUGGCGCUGGACGCACUGGAUCAGCAUGAUGCUGGGCGGCGCCGUGGCCGUGCUGUGCGUCACGGCGCUGCCCGAGACGCACGCGCCGACGCUGCUGCGGCGCAAGGCGGCUCGCGUGAGGAAGGAGACGGGCAAUGUGCUGGCCCGUUCGGUGUACGAUGGGCAGGCCAUGGGACCCAAGGCGGUGGUGCAGAUCUACCUGGUGCGGUCGUUCAGAAUGCUGUUGACGGAGCCCAUCCUCGUCCUCAUCACGCUCUACCAGGCCUUCGUCUACGGCAUUCUCUACCUCGUCUUCGUGUCGUACCCGAUCGCGUUCCGCGAGGUGCGGCACUGGGGGCUCGGGGUCAGCGGGCUCGCGUACCUGGGCAUGUCGGUGGGGGUGCUCAUCGGGGCGGCGGUGGUGGUGACGUACACGCGCACCGUCUUCUUCCGGCAGGUGCAGCGGGCGCACGGGGUGGUGGUGCCGGAGAACCGGCUGCCCAUCAUGUUCGCGGGCGGGUGCCUGCUGCCGGUGGGGCUGUUCAUCUUCGCGUGGACGUCGGACCCGUCGAUCCACUGGGCGGGCCAGGUGGUGGGCAGCGCGCCGCUCGCCAUGGGCAUGUACAUGGUGUUUGUGCAGUGCUUCAACUACAUCCUCGACACGUACAUGAGCACCGCCAACAGCGCCAUCGGCGCCAACACGUUCGUGCGCAGCUUCUUCGGCGCCGGCUUUCCGCUGUUCGGCCCCGCCAUGUACCACCGCCUCGGCGUCGACUGGGCGAGCACCCUGCUGGCGUUUGUUGGCAUCGCCAUGAUCCCCAUCCCCGUGCUGUUCUACAAGUUUGGCCGUAGGAUCCGCAGGGCGUCGAAGACGGCGGAGAACAAGAACUGA